CCAAGUCUUUCUUUUCUCUUUUCUUUCUCUCUCUCUCUACCUAUACAUAUAUAAUUAUAAUUGUGUAUGUACAUAUAAUUGUUAUACUUAUAUGCAAAUAUUGCGCCCAUUCCAGAUGCAAGUUCCUUUUCUUACACAAAUAUCUUCCUUCUUCUCUCUGUUUCAUAUAUAGCCUUCAUUCGUUUAUUUGGUAUUGCAUAUUUAUCUAGAACAAAAACCAAAACAGUAACUGGAACAAGGAAAGAGAUAGGAAAAAAGGAGGGCCUCUCGCCCUCUCUUCUUAUUAUGCCUUCUCUUAGAUCUUAGAUUCUAGAGUUCCCAACUGGGUCGUUUUCAUUUGGAGUGGGCAUGGAUCCUGGCAAGCUUUUCAUUGGUGGUAUUUCAUGGGACACAGAUGAAGAUCGUCUUCGAGAGUAUUUUCAGAGCUUUGGAGAAGUUGUGGAGGUGAUGAUCAUGAGGGAUCGGACCACCGGCCGUGCCCGUGGCUUUGGUUUCGUCGUCUUUGCUGACCCUGUUGUUGCAGCAAGAGUUGUAUUGGAAAAACAUGUAAUUGAUGGGAGAACUGUUGAAGCAAAGAAGGCUGUUCCUCGAGAUGAUCAAAACAUUUUGAGCAGGAACAAUACUGGUAUCCUUGGGUCACCCGGUCCUACUCGCACAAAGAAGAUAUUUGUUGGAGGAUUGGCAUCAACUGUUACAGAGAGCGACUUCAAAAAGUAUUUUGAUCAGUUUGGAACAAUCGUAGAUGUCGUGGUGAUGUAUGACCAUAAUACUCAAAGACCAAGAGGUUUUGGAUUUAUCACUUAUGAGUCAGAGGAAUCAGUGGAGAAAGUGUUAUACAAAACUUUUCAUGAACUCAAUGGUAAAAUGGUUGAGGUUAAGAGGGCUGUUCCAAAGGAAUCAUCACCGGUGCCAAAUCGAAAUCAAUUAGGUGGUUACCCUUACAAUUUUGGUAGAGUCGGUAGCUAUUUAAAUGGCUAUAAUCAAGGAUAUAAUCCAACCUCAGUUGGGGGAUAUGGAUUGAGAUCUGAUGGUAGAUUUAGUCCUGUUACAGUCGGUCGGGGUGGACUUUCGCCAAUUAGUCCUGGUUAUGGAAUAGGGCUAAAUCUUGAUACAGGGUUGAACCCGAACUAUGGGACAGGUCCCAAUGUUGGCUCUAACCUCAGCUAUGGACGGGUAAUGAGCCCCUCAUAUGGUGGAAAUUUAAAUAGGUACGGUAGCCCAAACCCCAUGGUAUAUGGUGGUGGCAGUGGAGGUAAUGGUUCUAUUUUAAGCUCAUCGGUUCAGAAUCUGUGGGGAAAUGUCGGUAACUCUGCUGGUACAAACCCCUCACACUUGAGGACUUUUCCUGGCUCUGGUGGUGUGCAUACAGGAACUAAUUCGUUGAACAGUAUUGGAGGGCUUUGGGGUGCUUCUGCAAGUCUAGGUCAUGGGGAAAAUGCUGGUUCUCCAUUCAAUACUGCUAAUCUCGACUUUGGAAGUGGAGAUGCCAGCUUUACAUCAGGAACAACUGUAGGUUAUGCUAGAAGCAUUGGAACUAAUGUUUCCUCAGCAUCUUUGUACUCUGCACCAAAUAUUUAUGAUGAGGUUCAUGGGAAUAAUGAUGAAGGGAACACAUUUUAUGGGCAUUCCAGUUGGCAGUCGUUGCCAACAGAGCUUGAGGAUUCUUCCUCAAUUGGUUUUGGCCUUGGCAAUGCAGCUUCAGAUGUUAUUAGUAGAAACAAUGCUGGUUAUACUGUUGGAUAUGGUGUUUCUAAUAGACAAUCUAAUAGAGGAAUUGCUGCUUAGGAAGAAGAUGAUACAACAGAUUUCAAAAAUUAUAGUAGGUGAUGCGUAUUCGAUAUAGCAGGUGUACUGCAAUUUUUCGUAUAAUUUCGUCAUUGUGAUACACUCCUAUUUGAUACUGUCAGAGCUAAUUUGUUUUCUGUUUGACAAACUGUCCCAUAAAGAAGCAGGUUCCACAGGGUUUUCUCUUGGUCAGGAUUGAGCUUGAAAAUAUAGGUCUUUCUUCUUUCUUCUUCUACUUCUUUCUUUCUUUCUUUCUUUCUUUCUUUCUUGUAAUUUGAUUGAUAUGUAUAAUUGGAUUGUGGGUAAGGUAUAUAUGCAGAACUGUUGCAUAAUACACUACUCCGAGAAACGAUGUCACACGAACGAAUCAACAUCUUUCUUUUCUUUUUUUUUUUUUCCUCCUUUUCUUUUCGGGUCCGUUUUUCUGGGAAAGAAGAUGCUAGUACUCAUCAGGUUUUCUUGUUGUUUGACCUUUUAUUAUUAGUCAUUCUGGGUUUUUACUUCGCAUCUGAUUGUAUGAAACUGAGGUUGAUUUAGUGGUGUGAUAUUAUCCAGCUUCCUAAUU